CUUGGCGCGUGUGCAAGGGGGAGGGCUGUAAGGCCGAAGAUUAUGUGUCUCUUAGACAGCCAAUUCUAUCACCGACAACUGUUACUCCCUUUCUCACAUUCUCUACCAUCUUUGCGUGAGGUUUUGCUUGGGAACCUCAUAUCGUUGAAACCCACGAUGUCCUCCUCUCCGGCCGGCGUGCGGCAGCGCGGUCCCAAAGAUAAAAAGCGACCGACUACACCAAAUACUGAAGCAAUUCAGGAGAAGGUCUACGAUACCGCUGAAAAAGUCAAGAGAGAGUUCAAAGCUCAACAAGGCGGAGAAUGGGACUAUAAGCUGGCCAUCACAAUCAUUACCAUUCUUGCGUUCGUCACACGAUUUUAUGGCAUCACCUACCCCUCAGAGGUUGUCUUUGAUGAAGUACAUUUCGGCAAGUUCGCAUCGUAUUACCUCCAACGACUCUACUUCUUCGAUGUCCACCCUCCUUUCGGAAAGCUUCUAUUCGCGUUCGCAGGCUGGCUUGUUGGAUACAAGGGUGACUUCUUGUUUGAGAACAUCGGAGAUUCAUACAUCACAAACAAGGUGCCCUAUGUGGCCUACCGCGCGAUGCCCGCUACCAUGGGUGCGCUCACUGUUCCCACUGUCUUCAUGAUCAUGUGGGAAUCGGGCUAUUCCUUGCCUGCCUGUGUGACUGCUGCUGGGCUUCUUCUCUUCGACAACGCUCAUAUCGGUCAAACCCGGUUGAUCCUCCUCGAUGCUACCUUGAUCUUCUUCAUGGCACUGUCGGUUCUGGCCUAUAUUCGCUUCUACAAGCUCCGUCAUGAGCCAUUUGGCCGCAAAUGGUGGAAGUGGCUGCUUUUGACUGGUGUCUGCCUGAGUUGUGUGAUCUCCACCAAAUACAUAGGAGCAUUCACUUUCUUCUCCAUUGGUGUACCGGUCUUGAUUGAUCUGUGGGAUCUCAUGGACAUCAACCGCCGUCAAGGGGCUUUGAGCCUUCCUGAAUUCGGCAAACAUUUUGCCGCUCGCGCUGUUGGGCUCGUCGUCGUCCCCUUCUUCCUCUACCUCUUCUGGUUCCAGGUUCACUUUUCAAUCCUCACCCGUUCCGGCCCUGGAGAUGAUUUCAUGACACCAGAAUUCCAGGAGACCCUGAGCGACAAUGUCAUGACGCUCCAAUCUGUUGGCAUCAACUAUUUCGAUACCAUCACUCUUCGACACAAAGAGACCAAAGUGUACCUUCACAGCCAUCCGGAUCGCUACCCAUUGCGAUAUGACGAUGGUCGUAUUUCCUCUCAGGGACAGCAGGUCACCGGGUAUCCUCACAACGAUACGAACAAUCACUGGCAAGUUCUACCUGGCUCGCCACUUGACGAUGCGGACAGUCAGCGUGUGCAGAUUGGAGAUACCAUACGCCUACGCCAUCUAGUGACUGACACUAUCCUCCUGACGCAUGAUGUUGCCUCGCCCUAUCAUCCUACUAACCAAGAAUUCACUACAGUUGGACAGGAAGACGCAAGCGGUGAUCGUUUCAACGAUACCUUGUUCGAGCUCAAAGUCGAUGGCAAGACCAGCGGAGACUUCAAGACGAUGUCCACUCACUUCAAACUUGUUCAUGUCCCCACAAAGGUCGCCAUGUGGACUCACACAACUCCUCUGCCUGAUUGGGCUUACAAACAAGCCGAAAUUAAUGGCAACAAGAACGUCCAGCAAAGCAGUAACACUUGGCUGGUAGAUGAUAUCCCAUCUCUCCCAGCUGAGGAUGAGCGUAACAAGAAAGAGGUCAGACAGGUCAAACAUCUGUCUUUCCUACGCAAAUACAUCGAAUUGCAGCGGGCCAUGUUCUAUCACAACAAUGCUCUUACAAGCUCGCACCCGUACUCUUCUUUCCCCGCUUCGUGGCCGUUCCUUCUGCGUGGCGUGUCAUUCUGGACUCAGAAUGAUACCCGCGAACAGAUUUACUUCUUGGGUAACCCCAUCGGCUGGUGGUUGGCCUCGUCCCUCCUCGCCGUCUUUGCCGGUGUCAUUGGAGCGGAUCAACUGGCUCUGCGUCGUGGAGCAGAUGCUCUCGAUCAACGCACCCGGUCGCGCCUAUAUAACUCAACAGGAUUCUUCUUCCUCACCUGGGUGGCUCACUACGUUCCCUUCUAUAUCAUGGGUCGCCAACUGUUCCUGCACCACUAUCUCCCCGCCCAUCUCGCAUCCGUCCUCGUCACAGGUGCCCUCGUCGAAUUCAUCUUCAACAUCGAGCCCGCUGACCCCGACGCGCCGUCUGUUAGCAAUCCAGCACCAAAGGGCCAUCGCCGCACGCUCUCUAAACCCGUCCGCGAACGCAUCGCGACGCAGAGCAUGCUAGGCAGCUGGAUCGCCACCGGAGUCAUCCUCGCCGUCGUCUUCUGGUGCUUCUUGUUCUUUGCGCCUUUGACCUAUGGCAAACCUGGUUUGACGGUGGACCAAGUGCAGGCCCGGAAAUGGCUGGCAUAUGACCUGCAUUUUGCGAAAUAG